AUGCAAGUUAAGACAGGAUACUACAUUGGCAUUGAUGUCGGAACGGGCAGUGCGCGCGCCUGUCUGAUUGAUCACACUGGCGAAAUCCUCAGCGUAGCCUCGGAGAACAUCGGCCUUUGGCAGCCAGAACAGGACUAUUAUGAGCAAUCAACAUCGGAUAUCUGGCGAUGUAUUUGCUUAGUAGUCCGGCGUGCGCUGGAUGACCAAAAGGUCUCGCCCUCACAGGUACACGGCAUCGGAUUCGACGCGACUUGCUCAUUAUGCGUCUUCUCAUCCGAAUCCGAUAACCCCGUCUCUGUAACCGGCCCCGAUUUUAACACAGAGCGCAACGUCAUUCUUUGGCUGGAUCACCGCGCAUCAAAAGAAACAGACACAAUAAAUGCAACUGGUCACAAACUUCUACGCUAUGUGGGUGGAAAAAUGUCCCUUGAGAUGGAGAUGCCCAAGAUUCUCUGGUUGAAGAAUAACAUGCCCGAGGAGACCUUUUCGCAAUGCAAAUUCUAUGAUCUUCCCGAUGCUCUCACUCAUAUCGCUACAGGCGGAGAUGCGCGGAACUUCUCUAGCAUGGUCUGCAAGCAGGGCUAUCUCCCCAAGGGCGUUGAAGGAAGUGACCAAGGCUGGCAGCAGGAUUUUCUGACGGAGAUUGGUUUGGGUGAGUUGGCUGAUCGGGGGUUCGACCGCAUUGGUGGUGUGAAUGGCGAGACUGGUCGACAUUUGAAUGCAGGCGAGCUUGCUGGAACUCUGUCCGAGAAAGCGGCCAGCGAACUGGGUCUCUGUCCUGGGAUCGCAAUUGGAAGUGGAGUAAUCGAUGCAUAUGCUGGGUGGAUUGGCACUGUCGGUGCUAAGGUUGACAUGAAAUCCACGACAUCCAACCCCAGCUCGGACUCAGCCUUGAGUCGGAGGGCAGAAGCCUUCUCGCGCCUGGCUGUGGUGGCUGGAACUUCAUCAUGUCAUAUCGCUAUGUCGCCCGAGCCUGUCUUUGUCCCUGGCGUUUGGGGGCCGUACCGGGACACCAUUUUCCCAGACUGUUGGAUGGCCGAAGGAGGCCAGUCUGCUACCGGUCAGCUUCUCAAGCAUGUGCUUGAAACACACCCAGCCUUCAAACAGGCUCAGUCAAAUUCCGAUACUCAAGGUGUGAACAUCUUUAAGUUCCUCAACAACCGACUCCGCGACUUAGCAAACGAGAAAGGCGUAUCCUGCGUGGCCGACCUAGCACGCCACUUCUUCUUCUACGGAGACCUGUUCGGAAACCGGUCUCCAUUAGCGGACUCCAGGAUGAGAGGGUCCCUGAUCGGACUUUCAAGUGACGUAUCGGUUGAAAGCCUCGCCAUUCAUUAUUACGGCACACUCGAGUUCAUCGCAUUGCAAACCAAACAGAUUGUGGACACGAUGAACGACUCCGGGCACCACAUCACCCACAUUUUCAUGUCUGGAUCGCAAUGUCAGAAUGAGAUAUUGGUCAACUUGAUCGCCUCGGCUUGCAAUAUGCCUGUUGUUGUUCCACGCUACAUCCACGCCGCAGUGUGCCAUGGUGCUGCUAUGCUGGGCGCCAAGGCGGCGAGUGUGGAUGCCUACGGUCACACAGUUGAUUUGUGGGAUGUUAUUGAUCAGAUGAGCCAACCAGGAAAAGUGUUCUAUCCCACCGAGAAUGAGCGUGAAAGGGCGCUUCUUAGGGCAAAAUACGAGGUCUUCCUGGAUCAGUGCCUGAGACAACGGGAGUACCGAGCGAUUGUGGACAAAGCAACCAGUUCCUAA